GACUGCAUAAUGCAUUAGCUGGGCCGCCGGGGGCACGGAGUUGGUUUCUAUAAACAUAAACCGGUCGUGAAGAGGCAUCGAGUGGAUCGCUACGUUUAAGAUCUACGGAUUCCCCGCAUUAGGAGCAGACAAAUCUUCUCGUCAGACAAAUAAGACGGGGCCACCAGCUAGUUGAAGACUCGACAGAACAUUUAUUCAGGGAGUUUCAGAAUACUGAUUUCCCUUGGAACAAUUUAUUGUAGUAAUAAAUUUAACCGAGUGGAUAUUAACCACUUCUGCCAGCAGACCGUACUUCACCUUUGGAAUUCCCGCAACAAACCACGAGUCACACCUGUUGAGUUCAAAGUCUUGUACUACUUGACAGAAAUCAUGCAGGAUUACUACGGACAAACCAUGACCGCUAGCUACUUCUCUGCCCCAAGAGUGGGUAUGGGAACGAGCUAUCUGCCCCCACUCGAGAGCACCAUGCAGGCGUCUUACAAGAGCUACGCCCCACCCUUCGUCGUCAGCCAAUCUCUCAAUCUACCAUGGAAGCCGAGCACCUACCAACGUGGUGCCAUGAGGUCCAUGCCGACAAGCCUCAGCGCCCCAGAGCUCAACCCUAGCACUCUCUACCGAGACGAUGUUGUAUCCAGAGUCCCCCCUCUCAUGCCGUCUGCUCGCACCGCUCUCUUCUCCAAGUACACCCCAACAGAUUGGUUCAAGUCCAACAACCAGAACUACCGCUCUUCGGACAUGACCCGCAGCGCGGCCCAGCGUCUGCGAGACGAGAACGUCCGAAUCUGCCACGACACCGACGCACGCACGGUCAAGACGCAACAGGAAUCCAGCAAGAAUCUCGGCAACAGACUCCAAGACAUCAACUUCUGGAAGUCUGAACUGAACCACGAGCUUGACGAGAUGGGUAAGGAAAUCGGAGACCUGGCCGCCUGGAAGCAGAGGACAGAGAACGCCCUUAAGGAGACGGAAGGACCUCUCCAGAUUGCUCAGGAGUGUCUCUUUAACAGAGAGAAGAGGCAGGGUAUUGAUCUAGUCAACGAUGUGGUGGAGAAAGAGCUGAUUAGGGAAGUGAAUCAGAUCCGUGCAUGUCAAAACAAACUACGAAAGUCGAUUGAUCGUGCCGCAACACAGCUAAGUAUGAGCCGCGCUGCCCAGCACGAGCUUGAGAAGGACCUGACCGACAAAUUCCGGGCACUGACCAUCGACAAUAAGUGUCACCAGCUCGCCAACACCUCCCACGGACUGGCUUACUACCGCGGGGUGGAAGGAGUCGAUCAAUGUGUCUCCUUGCCCGAAUCAUGGGCCAAGUUCACCAAUGACAACAUUCUGCGGUCACAACGGGAACGUAAUAGCUCCAAGGGUAUGCGAGGCGACAUUGACAGCUGUCUACAAGAGACUUCCAAUGACAUGUGGGUCCAGAAUAACAGUGUCAAUGUAGCCUUCUCUGGACGCAUUGCUGAGAGUAUGGAUGCACGCAACAGCCUGCAGUCGCAUCUAGCCAGGGUUCUACAAGAAAUCAACGAGAUGGAGAAUAACUGUGACGUCCUUCGCAAGGCCAUUGCCGAUAAGACUGCCCCGAUGCAGGUCGCACAGAGUAGAUUGGAGAGCCGUACACGACGCCCCAACGUAGAGCUUUGCCGUGACCAGCCUCAGCACAGGCUCGUACGCGAAGUCGGUCAGAUCUACGAGACAGUAGACGUCUUACAGAACCGUCUCCGUGCCGCAGAGAGCGCCCUCCAGGAGCUGGUCAACACCAAGACAACCCUGGAACAUGACCUCGGGGUCAAGAACAACAGCUUGUACAUCGACAAAGAGAAGUGCAUGGGUACCAGGAGGACCUAUCCCACCACAGCUAAACUGGCCGGGUACCGCGGACAACCUUGAAUUUUGUUUACGUCAUUGAACUUUUAUAGGCGCAAAAACGAAUGUGAUAUAGAUGUAUAAUUUGGCACGAUACAAAUUUUAAAAUGUUUUGUUGUUUUUGAUGGAAACAGUGGGACUAACUUUCAUUCGUUCUGGCAAACUUCUGUCUGAUGGAGUUGCAAGAAAGUGUUUCAAUUUUAAGGCGCGAAAACUAUUUGAAAAACGUGGUAUACAUGUAAAUGUAUAAUUUGGCACCAUACGAGUUUUAAAAAAAUGUUCUGACCGAUAGAGUUGCAUUAAACUGUUUCGCUUCUAUGGGAAAUUUGAUGUCACACUGAACUAUUUUUUAUUUGGGGGGGGGGGGGGGG